GUGAGACUCUCUCUCUCAAAAGCUCUCUCACCACCAGACCCACUUAAAUGUUUUGUAAUUAAACAAGUGCCAAUAAAAAGGAUCCAUCUUUUCUUCACCGAUUCGAUUCUCGAUCAUUCUUAAUUCUUUUUUUAUUUCUUUUCAGUUGCGAAUCCACCCGGAUUCUUGGCUUCUCAAUCAAAAACUCUGUUUUCGAUUUUAGCGGAACGAAUCAAAAGACAGUUGAGUGAAGGAGAGAAAAAUUCGCUAAAAAAUAAAAAUAAAAGAGGAUUCUAUAUAUAUCAGAAGAGGAUGACUUUCUCAAGAUUCUUUCAUGUGGUCGAGGAAGGAGGUGGAGAAGAAGAAGAAGAGAGGCUCUUAGCUGCAGAGAGACAAGAGCCCUUUGUCGUGGAAACCAUGACUGCUACCGAAGCUAAAAAUCGCAAAGGGAGUGGCCAUGUUGGUGUUGAAAUCCCUGACACUGCUCAUCAAAUUAGCAGCGAUUCAUGGUUUCAGGUGGCGUUCGUUCUGACCACUGGUAUAAACAGCGCCUAUGUUUUAGGAUAUUCAGGAACAGUAAUGGUUCCUUUAGGUUGGAUUGGUGGUGUGGUUGGUCUUAUCAUUGCUACUGCAAUCUCUCUCUAUGCAAACAGUCUCGUAGCUAAGCUUCAUGAGUUUGGUGGCAGAAGACACAUCCGUUAUAGAGACCUUGCUGGAUUCAUUUACGGUAGAAAGGCUUAUCACCUUACAUGGGGAUUGCAAUAUGUAAAUCUUUUCAUGAUUAAUUGUGGAUUCAUUAUUCUAGCUGGUUCUGCCUUGAAGGCUGUUUAUGUGCUCUUCAGGGAUGACCAUGUCAUUAAAUUGCCUCAUUGUAUAGCCAUUGCUGGUCUUAUUUGCGCGGUUUUCGCUAUUGGUAUUCCUCAUUUAUCGGCUCUUGGGACCUGGCUUGCCGUUUCAACCAUCCUCAGUCUCAUCUACAUAGUUGUAGCAAUUGUUCUAUCAGUUAGAGACGGAGUGAAAGCACCUCCAAGAGACUACGAGAUACAAGGAUCAUCACUAAGCAAACUCUUUACCAUCACUGGAGCAGCAGCAAACUUGGUCUUUGCAUUCAACACAGGGAUGCUUCCAGAGAUUCAGGCAACAGUGAGACAACCUGUGGUGAAAAACAUGAUGAAGGCUCUAUACUUUCAGUUCACAGCUGGUGUUCUACCAAUGUAUGCUGUUACAUUCAUUGGAUAUUGGGCUUAUGGAUCCUCAACCUCGACCUACUUGCUAAACAGUGUUAAUGGCCCACUCUGGGUCAAAGCCCUUGCUAACGUCUCUGCUAUCCUUCAGUCUGUUAUCUCUUUGCAUAUUUUUGCAAGUCCAACAUAUGAGUACAUGGACACAAAGUUUGGAGUCAAAGGAAACCCAUUAGCUUUAAAGAACUUGACGUUUAGGAUCAUGGCCCGUGGAGGGUACAUAGCGGUUAGCACGCUUGUCUCGGCGCUCUUGCCGUUUCUUGGGGACUUCAUGAGUCUCACUGGUGCAGUGAGCACAUUCCCUCUUACAUUCAUUCUAGCCAACCACAUGUAUUACAAGGCUAUGAACAAUAAGCUUAAUCCUAUGCAAAAACUAUGGCAUUGGCUUAAUGUUGUCUUCUUCAGUUUGAUGUCUCUUGCUGCUGCCAUUGCAGCUGUUAGACUCAUUGCCCUUGAUUCCAAAAACUUUCACGUUUUUGCAGAUUUGUAAUUCAUUAUACAUACAUAUAUAUAGUCAUUGCAUUAUUGUUCUUAGGCAA